ACAACCAGCCGGUGCAGUAAUAGGACCAAGACGUCAGCUUUGAAGUGAUGCCUGUGAGCAUGAUUCCAGUAAAUCUAGUGUAUUAAUCCGUGACUGGGGCACUCCUCUCGCCCUACGUUCAGAGCCACAGCAGAAACCAGACAGUCACACACUUCUGUGCUGCAACAAGAGAUGGAGUGCUACCCAUGACAUCCUAGAGGGACUCAAAACACGAGGACGCACAGUUUUUGGGAUUUACAUUUACAUGUUGUAUCCCACGAUGGAUCAUUUUUCUUUUCUCGUCAUCGUGCUUACUCUGUCUCAGUCUUCACUUGGAAGCAUUAUUCCAACUUCACAGUCAGUGGGCAACUCUGAUGCUGUGGAGGGCAGUGGAAAUACUGAUGCACAAAUGACAACAGGGUUUGCCAGCCUCACUGAAAUCGAUCCAUCAAUUGCAGAGGACAGCGGCAGAAAUUUGCAGAAGCCUUCAUCUAUUCCUGCCUCUCUUACAUCUUUACCAGUACCCCAGAAACUCACCGACGAUGACAGCAAUCCAGAGGAGCCUGAGAAAUCCAACAAAGAAAUCCAGGCUAGGAUGGGGAUCAUAGCUGCUACAACCCCUGCACUUAAUUUGCCCCUCUUAGAGGCUCAUGAGCAAGAAGCUGACAAACAUGAGCCUUUGAUUAUUGAAACUUCAGGACACUUUCACACCAAUGAACACUUAGAGCAGGCAGCCAAAGAUAUACUCUCAGAGGAAACUCUCUUUGAAGUCAGUCAGAUAACGGUGGACGAACAUUUAGAUGAGAAUCACACACCUAUAGUAUUUGACAACUUUCUACCUGGUAAAGAUAAAGACACUCCUGAGCUCCCUUUCCAAUACAAUGUGUUUAAUUCCAUAAUAAACCAGGAUCUGUCAGGACCUGGUGCUCCUUGUGUGUUUGGUCUUAGCCCUUGCGUUGUUCUUGCAAACCCUAAUGGCACCAACCUGCUCUGGGAUGACAUGAGACGCACGCUGGCCUUUGCCUGGGAGCUGCAUGUCUUUGGAUCUGCCAGCCUUUUUGCAUUACUUGCAGGCGUUGCUGUUUUGGGAGUGGCUGGCGCUCACACUUUGCUUCACCCCCUCUGUGAUGCCUUAACCUUGGCAAAUAGUCUCCUGUUGUUAACUGGUAUUCUGCGUGCUGUGCUUCUUCUACUUGAUCCUUAUGGCACUCGCCAAAUCCUGUCUCGUCCUGCUCUUGCUGCUCUCCAUAACAUUCCCCUGCAGCUUCUUCUUUGGGCACAGAUUGUCCUGGCUCUGGUCACACUCAGAGGGGUGAAACUGGUGCUUUUGCCAGUGAAGCUGCAGCGUCCAUGGACGAUUGGGGGUAUGGCUCUGUUGCAUUGCGCUCCAUUACUGGUAGCUGAUCUACUCUCCCCUACUUUGUCCCCUGCUCUCCCUCUGUUGCUGCAGACACUCUCACUGUGCUGGGGUUUACUAUUCUGCAUAGGAACACUCACCCAGUCUCUGUCUCAUCUGAGCUCCUUCCUCCAGUCCCCCAUACCUCAGUGGGGGGCUCCACAGAGGAUCGAGAACCGUGCAAGGCGGGUAACAGCAGUGUGUGCUCUCUUUGGGAUUCUCUGCUGCAGCCUGCAGAUGUACAGUCUCCUCUGGCUUUAUGGGGUACUGGGGAACUGGAGGCGCUUUGGAUGGGGCUGGUGGCUUAGUCAGUUUUGGGCCAGAAUUCUUGAGUUAGCUUGGGGAUUCACUUUGCUUGUCCUGGGAUCCUGGAUCCUCUGGACACCUCCUGGGAGCCGGUCAAAGGGUGAUAAUGGGCAGGGCAGAGGUGACAUGUCCAAAGGGAUGGAGGAGAAUAGUUUUUGGAGUGGAGUUUUGACCAAUAUUCAGAAAGGGCCACUAAGGAAAUCAGAGAAAAACUGGGAAGAACUAAUGCCAAAUAACUGGGCAAUGUGUAACGUGUCUAGAACAGGUAUGAGCAACAAUGUGAUGUGUACCUGUGACGACCAAGCUGUUGACCACAUGCCUGAUCCUGUUAGCAGUAGCAGCUGUGACUCUCAAGCUGCUCUAUUGUGGCAAAGAGUUGGUGAACGUGAAUGUAUACUUUCCCUUGUAGAGUUUGACAUGCGGCCCCCGUCUCCUAUCAACCUGAGGCACAGCAUUGACAAUGCACUCCAUCAUGGAAACUUUGUAGGAGGAAGUCUGUUUGCACCUCGGCCUCCCUCCUGGACUGACACUGUAAGCACCGAUAUCACAAAUAAUAUAGCAGCAAAAGACUCUGAGGCUCCUGUUGGCUAUCAGUGGACACUGGAUAUUGAAGCUACCCCUGGAUCUCCACACCAUUUUGAAACGAAGGAGUCAGUGCAAUCACCAAAUACUUCCACUGAUCAUAUCGCUAACCAAUCCCCAAACACUGAACUUAACUUUGAGAACAAGCCUCAAGAGGACUGGUCUGAUGAUAUCACAAAUCUCUAAGCACUCAAUUCAAGCUUUAUUUAUAUAGUCUUGUAUCACAAGUAUAUCUUGUAUAUCCCACAUAUGUCAUAUACCAUACUGCAUCAUAUUCAUAUCAUACAAUAUACCAUAUGACACAACCACAUUAAUGCCUAUGAGCAGUUUAGAGAAUAUAACGCAACUGACUGUGGGAUUCGAACCCAAGACCUUCUCGUUAUGGGGUGCGAGUAAUAACCAACAAGCGGAAACCACAAACUACAGCCACUACUCAGUUCUUGUUGUUGGCUAUUGUCAUGAAAUGGCACUGUGCAGUCAAAUGUAAAGCUCUCACAAGAGACCACUCAUCAGUCACAAAAAUGAGGGCUUCUUUGUGUAUGGCCUAAUGUUAAAUGCAGAUUUAAAGAGGAUUAGCAGGCAAAUAUUCAGCACAAUAUCCCCAGGAACAGUCCCACACAGAUAUGCUGUGCAUGUUUGACUUAAAAAAAGCUGUGUUUUAGUAUCUCUGUUGCACAUAUAGAGAAAGGGGUGGCAAAAAUGUCUGAAAAAAUCUGCGUUGUCAAAGUCUCUUAGUCAUUAUUUGACUUCACUAGGAUUUUUAUAUGUAAAUUUGGU